AUGCAACCUGCUGUGAAAUUGGGGGAUGUAAAGCGUGCUGCUGACUUGUUUGAGACGAUGAAAAGGAGAAGGGUGAACCCUAAUGUGUUUGUUUACAAUGUUUUAAUUUCUGGGUUGUGCAAGGAGAAAGGGGUAAGGAAUGCAGAGGAGGUGUUUGAUGAAAUGUGUAUGAGGAAUUUAGUGCCUAAUAAGGUGACUCAUAAUACGCUUAUUGAUGGGUAUUGUAAGGCGGGGGAGGUGGAUACUGCGUUUGAUUUGAGAGAAAAGAUGAAGAAAGACAAGGUGGAGCCGAGUAUCAUCACUUUUAACUCGUUGCUUAGUGGCCUUUGUAACGCGUGGAGAAUGGAGGAGACCAGAAGGAUGUUAAAGGAGAUGGAAGUUAAUGGUUUUAUGCCUGAUGGGUUUACUUACAGCAUAAUUUUUUAUGGGUUAUUGAAGUCCAAUGAUAGGGCAGUUGCUGCUAUGGAAUUGUAUCGGGAGGCGAUUAAGAAGGGAGUCAGGAUUAAUAAUUACACAGGCAGUAUUCUGUUUAAUGGAUUGUGUGAUGUGGACAGAGCCAUUUUGACUAUCGAGCGAAUGGAAAGUGGUAGGUUGAAGCCAAAUUCCAUCACUUUUAAUUCUUUGAUUGAUAAGUUUUGUGAAAUGCAGAAGAUGGGCGCGGCAGAAGAAUGGGUGAAGAAGAUGACGGAGAAGGGAGUUAUGCCAAGCUUGGAGACAUACAAUACCCUUAUUGAUGGCUGUGGAGGGUUGUGUGUUUUUCAUAGGUGUUUCCAAAUUCUUGAAGAAAUGGAGAACAACGGGGUAAAACCAAAUGUUAUAAGCUAUGGUUCUCUCAUAAAUUGUUUAUGUAUGGAUAGGAAGAUUCUAGAGGCAGAAAUAGUCCUCGAGAAUAUGGUAGGCAGAGGGGUCUUCCCUGAUGCAAAUAUAUAUACUAUGCUUAUUGAUGGUAGUUGUACAAUGGGGAUGUUGGAUGAGGCUUUCAGAUUCCUUGAUGAGAUGUUGAAAAGAUUAAUUCCUAAUGCUGAUACCUAUAGCUUACUGAUUAAGGGACAUUGUGACCUGAAGGAUUUUAAUGGAGCAUAUGUUUGGUUUAGAAAAAUGCUUGAGAACGGUUUCACUCCUAAUGUUUGCAUUUGCAAUGAGCUAUCCACUGGCCUAAGACAGGGAGGGAGGUUGCAAGAGGCCCAGAUCAUACCAAAAAUGAUUGCUGAUGGAGACAAUGAUUUGAACACUAAUGAAGAGCUGUCUGCUGUUGUCAACAUGUAA